GGUGCAGGGGGAGGGUGCUCACAGCACUGAUCUUCUGUUUGCAGCAUCCCAAGAGCAGCCUCUGUUGUGUGAAAUACAAGAAAAAGGGCAAGACAGCGGGAGUGAAUCCAAGGAAGCAACUCGAAGAACUGGAAGGGUGGAAUCUCUUGGGGGGUGGCAGCCAGGAUAGGGUUACUUUUGAUUUGUGGAGUUCAUCCUUAGAGCAAAUGGCUGUUGUGUCAGUGUAAACAGCCUGUGCAGUACCUGCAUUGCUGAAGGGGGAAGGAGAAGAGGAGGAGGCGGCACAGACACUGGAGCAAAUGUUACCUCUUCCUAUGAAUGUUUCCUGUUGUUAGGUAGCCCCAGACCUGCUGUUGCUCACCUCUUAACAUGCAUGUUGUAUGUUGAGCUCAUAUGGAGGAAGAACCAUCAAUGCCUCAGCAGACCACAAACCAACGGCAGGGCGGCUGUACUGACCAUGAGACACGUUAAAAACUAAGCAACACAUCAACAUCCACACCAAAAUAAAGGGAAAAAGUUUGAUAAAAUUUGCUUGAGAAACCUACACCCGACCAUGGCUGUGAAUACUGCCAAGACAACGUCAAGUUUUCUCUCGACAACUGCAACAACCGCCACGGACCCGUUGCUCUCAACGAGCCUCGGACCCAGAGAAAACAUCACCUCAAGAACAUUUAUGACUGUUACCCUAACAACGACAGCAGCAACAACAAACGAGACCAGCUUCAACUCCACCGCGACUCCAGACGUGGUGAUUGAGGGCUCGAGUGUUGGAAUGCUGUUGGUGCCCUUCGGCAUCAUCACCCUCAUUGGCUUAGCGGUGGCAAUAAUGCUGUACAUUCGGAAACGGAAGCGGUUAGAGAAGCUGAGACAUCAGCUCAUGCCCAUGUACAACUUUGACCCGGCUGAAGAACAGGACGACCUGCUGGAACAGGAACUACUGGAUCACGGACGGGACUGGCAGCCUCGCAGGUCCAAACGCCAAGACUCUCACAACCUCCCAGGGGACAACGCAGCGACCCAGUCGUCUGGUCUUCACAGAUGUUGCCAAAGCCCUCAAUGCUUAACAGCCCCUCUGCCCUGCCUGGUCAACCCCAGCCUGCAGGAGAGCUGCAGACCACAUACCCAGACACAGACUGUCACUAACAAGGGACAAACAAAGGGAAGUUAGACUGUUUUAGGCUUAAACUGGAGGUCUGAUAAAUGUUGUCUUCACAACGCGUCAAGUGGUUGUAUCAAAGAAAAAACUCAGAACAAUGCAAAGGGUUAGUAAUGAUCUUGCACUAUUAUUAUUAUUCACUGGGGCACCAAUUAAGUGUGGUACCCUUGUUUUUUUAAAACUAUGCUCCGUCAUUGUUAAAAUAUUUAAUAGCUUGUCAGUUUCUGCAUCUAUGUUUCUGUUUCAUAUGAGGAAAUUGUGAAUCUGUUAUAGUGAUUUUGUGGUCUUACACCUCGUAUGCUGGAUGUGUCGCCAUCCUCAAUCUGUUUUCCUCCCUAUUUGUCUUCUUUACAGACUGUGGAUUAAUAUCAUUUCCAUCUGUACACAUUAAAAACAUAUUUAAAAAAUCCA